CCUCCCCACAAUGCACCGCGAGAGGCAGCCUUUGAAAAAGCGGCGCGGCUCGUUCAAGAUGGCGGAGCUGGAUCAGCUGCCCGACGAGAGUUCUUCAGCAAAAGCACUUGUGAGCUUGAAAGCUUCUUUGGAUGCUGCUUUUGAGAAUGAGACCCUUUGGAGUGCCAUUUCUGAAAUAGGUGCUUCCACUUUAAGUACUGCCUAGGCAUCAGGUCUGACAUGAAAUUUGAGAGGGAAGUUUAUCCAGCACAUGGAAUGAAAAGUACAGUUCUCUACAGAAAACACCUAUUUGGAAAAGCAAGAACGCUGGUUCUGCUGUAGAAAUGCCCUUCAGAAAUUCAAAACGGAGUCGUCUCUUUUGUGAAGAAGACGACAGACAGUUAAAUACAAGGUCUCCCAAAAGAAAUCAGAAGAUUGCAAUGGUUCCACAGAAGUUUACUGCAACAAUGCCAACGCCAGACAAGAAAGCAUCACAGAAGAUUGGAUUACGGUUACGUAAUCUACUCAAACUUCCCAAAGCACACAAAUGGUGCAUAUAUGAAUGGUUCUACUCAAAUAUAGAUAAACCAUUGUUUGAGGGAGAUAAUGAUUUCUGUGUAUGCCUGAAAGAGUCUUUUCCAAACCUGAAAACCCGAAAAUUAACAAGAGUGGAAUGGGGAAAAAUCAGACGAUUAAUGGGAAAACCACGAAGAUGUUCUUCUGCAUUCUUUGAGGAGGAGAGGUCAGCAUUAAAACAGAAACGGCAGAAAAUCCGACUUUUACAACAGCGGAAAGUUGCAGAUAUUUCACAAUUUAAGGAUCUUCCAGAUGAAAUUCCAUUACCACUUGUUAUAGGAACAAAAGUUACAGCACGGUUGCGUGGUGUCCAUGAUGGACUGUUCACUGGACAGAUAGAUGCUGUAGACACACUUAAUGCUACUUACAGAGUAACUUUUGACAGGACAGGGCUUGGAACACAUACAGUCCCAGAUUAUGAAGUUCUUAGCAAUGAGCCUCAUGAAACUAUGCCAAUUACUGCUUUUGGACAAAAACAACGGCCUUCUAGAUUCUUCAUGACCCCUCCUCGAUUACACUACACACCUUCUCUCCAGUCUCCAAUUACAGACAGUGAUCCUUUAUUAGGACAAUCCUCUUGGAAAAACAAAAUUUCAGGCUCAGAUAGCGAAACACUAGGUGGUUUUCCAGUAGAAUUUCUUAUCCAAGUGACCAGGUUAUCAAAAAUCCUUAUGAUUAAGAAGGAGCACAUCAAGCAGUUAAGGGAGAUGAACACAGAAGCAGAAAAGCUGAAAUCCUAUUCUAUGCCAAUCAGUAUUGAGUUUCAGAGAAGAUAUGCAACUAUUGUUCUAGAUCUAGAACAACUGAAUAAGGACCUAAACAAAGUUUUGCAUAAGGUUCAACAGUACUGUUAUGAGCUUGCUCCAGACCAAGGCCUCCAGCCUGCAGACCAGCCAACAGAUCUGAGGCGCCGUUGUGAAGAAGAAGCUCAGGAGAUAGUUAGACAAGCAAAUGCAUCAACAACAGGACAUCUUUGUGUGGAAAAUGAAAACCUGACGGAUCUGAUCUCUAGACUUACAGCAAUAUUACUGCAGAUUAAGUGUCUAGCAGAAGGAGGUGACCUGAAUUCCUUUGAAUUUAAAUCACUAACAGAUUCAUUAAAUGACAUCAAGAAUUCAAUAGAUUCUUCCAAUAUCAGUUGUUUUCAGAAUAAUGUUGAGAUCCAUGUUGCACAUAUUCAGAGUGGCCUGAGCCAGAUGGGAAAUUUACAUGCCUUUGCAGCCAAUAACACCAACAGAGACUGAAAAGGAUGUCUAUUUCAAGUGUACAGCAUGUAAUUCUGUGAAAUCCUCUUCCUUUACAUAGGCUUCACCAAAUAUCCUAACUUCGGGGAGAUAAGGGAAAAGAGAACCUCUAAAAAGGCCAUUUUAGGUAAACUGUACUGCUUCUUAAGAAACCAGCAUUACUGGCCUGCGUACAUUAGAUUUUGCCAUUUGUUAUAUACAUACAGUAGUUUUGCUAAGAGCUAACUUCUAUUAGUAACUACAUUUUUUAUUUUAAACUGAAAGUAUACGAAUAUGCUUUCAUACAAUUUCAACUAAGAAUAUAUCAACUUUAUUUUUUAAAGUUUUGGGUAAAUUCUACCCAACUCAUGCAGAUGACUUUACUGAUGUGUUGAAGACAAUGAAGAGGAAAUGGUACAAAUCAGUGGCUGUAUGGCAGUCCUUUGUUCUUGAAAGCUACAGUUCUAGUACCUGUGAGUCACCAUCUCAGACUUUAGUCUACAGUGUGGUGAAGCAGUAUGUGUAUUCCUGACCUUACGAAACAGCAGCAGAAUAUGGACAGAAAAUAGAUGAAAGUGAAUAGAUCGAUAUUGUACACUUGGAUACUGGCUGCUCUAUAAAUCAGUUAAUACCUUUUUGGAAUGUUUAAUUUAUCAUAACUUAUAUAAGGAGUGUAAUGAAGGAAUAGAAAAACAUAACUGCUAAAUUCCCAGGAACAUGUAUCCUAUGGCUUUUUCCCUCCAUACAGGGCAAAAGGUCCUGUAAUUGAUAUUUUAUACAAAUGACUGAUAACAUAUUGGUUUUCCAUUUUUUAUUGUUUGCACAAAUUUCAACUUAGAUAACUGGUUAUUCAACAAUAUCCAACAUAUAUAAAUAAAAAGAUUUUGAUAACAAAUGAGAUAACCAGUGUUGUGAACUGUUUUUAAAAAAUGCCUCCAAGUGUAUUUUGGAAUGUUAAUCUUGUAAAAAGUGGUUAUUGGAUUGUUUGUUUAAUAGUCUUGUAAAGCUUCAGUGUAAUAAAUUGUUUCCAGAUUUGAAUUUUCAGAGAUAGCUGUAGAGAUGUUUUGAUUCUUUUGGAUGCCUCAUGAAAUGAGGUCUUUUAUAUGUUAAUGUAUAAAGAAAAUGUAAACAUUAUUUUCAAUUUUGGAAUUUUGUAUAGUUUAAAAAAAUACUUCUGUAUUGUGAUGGUAUUAUGCCACUGCAAAACUUUAGUGCAGAGUUUAUAUUUAGCUAAAGUUGUUCUGUUAAUUAAGAAAUCCAUAAAUCUUUUAUUCUCAAUGACAUUUCUAAUUCUAAAUAAAUUGACCUAUGAGAGUUGAUAUAUUUUA